CGAGGCACAGCUGUGGCUCCCGGAAAGAGGUCGGCCAGGGUCAGGAGGUCGACGCAGCCCGAGGAAGCCGCGCAACCAGGCUGAGGGAGCGGGGAGGCUGGUUCCGGGGCCUGGCUUCCCCGCCCUGGGCCAGGAAGAAGAUGCGAGCCAGCCCCAUCCGUAUCCCAACUGUUAGCAAUGAUAUUGACUGGGAUUUCUGCUUCCGUUCGCCACAGCAAACCGAGAUCCCAGCUCAUCAGCAAACAAAUGAGUUGUGUCCCACUGGUGGGUCUGAAGAGAAUGAAGAGGAAACGAAAGCUAAAGAGGAGGAGGAGGCCAUGGACUGUAUGUCUCAUCCCAAAGAUAAAUUAGCUCAAUCCCAGAAGAGAGUAGCUCAGCUGAUUAAGGAAAAAAUGAAUACUCAAGCAAACAAGGAGCUGAUUCGAUGUGUCAUCCUUUCUCGGAUUAUUUUUGGGGACCAUCACUGGAAAUGUGCACGAGCUCUGACCAACCUAGCCUAUGGUUACUUGACAUUGAGAGGCCUCCCAGUUCAGGCCAAGAAACAUGCUGCAUCCGCUAAGAGUACACUGUUGACCUGGAAGGCAAAUACGACCUCAAAUAAGGAGAAAGAGGAAAUCCUGGAAGCUCUGGUCAUGCUGUACUACACUCUGGGGGUGGCCUGGCUCCUACAGAACCGUGGCAGAGAGGCCUAUUUCAAUCUGCAGAAAGCAGAGAGAAACAUGAAGGAGCUGAAAGAAUUACGUAAAGGAGGUGUUUGUGAAUUAGAAGUCUCUGAGAAAGACCUAACACUUGCUUUGGGCAGAGCCUCCUUGGCCAUCCACAGGCUGAACCUAGCUCUGGCAUACUUUGGAAAGGCAAUUGGCGAUGUGAUUGCUGCCAAGAGUGAUAGGACGUCAGAUCUGAUCAGCCUGUAUGAGGAAACUGCUCAGAUCGAGCAGCUGAGGAAGAACCACAACCAGGCCAUCCAGUACCUGCAGCAGGCUCAUUCUAUCUGUGUUUCUUUGUUCACUGAAGUCAGCCCCAAAACUGCAGAAAUGAGUGCAUUACUGGCCAAAGCUUAUGCCAUGUCUGGAGAGGCCCAGCACAGGGAUGCUGCUGAGAUAUAUUUCAUAAAAAGUAUCAAUGCAUAUGGAGCAACACUGGGCUCAGAGGAUUUUGAAACACUGAACACUAUUGCAGAAUUUUGCAAAUGGCUUGUCCAAAAUGGCAAAAAACAGGAAGCUCACAGACUGCUAAAGUCUUCGUUAAAGUCCCAGAUCAUCAGCUAUGGUGACUAUAGCAAAAAUGUGGCUGAAUCUUUUUAUAACAUGGGCAGGAUCUGCUUUGCCAAAGGAGAGCACAGAAGGGCAAUUCAGCUGCUGAGGAAGUGUCUGAUGAUUCAAAUCCUUGCAUAUGGAGGUGAACACAGUAAAAGCAGAGAGACAAAGAGCCUUCUUACCCUGUUGCAGAGAGAAAAAAAACGCAUGAUCUUUCCUCCAAAAUAAACAGAAGUUCUACUCAGCUUGUAUUUAAAAAGAGAUACUUCAGAAAAUCCGGAAUGAAUCUGAUUCCUCGGUAGCCAAAGGUUGCUUUGCCUUCCAGUAUUUACUGUGCCUUUUAGGUGAUUUGGAAAGAUUAAUAGAAGGAGAAAAAUUAGAAAAUCUAAUUCAGACCCUAGGUAUGAGUUUCUUCAGGCACUUGGAAAUUAAUUUUUCUUUCUGUAAAUUACAAUGAGACCAAACCUACCGAGAAAGUCGAUAUAAGGGGAAAAGAAGAGUCUUUUGAAGGACUUUGCUGUAGCAGAAGGUUUUUCUUUCCCUGAAACAAGCCCAUAUCUCAUUCCUGAAGAACUGCUGAGCAAAGCCAUGGGAGUAACUGCCAAAGCCAGAUGUCAAAACCCCAGGCAAGGAUUGCUCUCUCUUUGCAAACUUCGGCAUCUCACUGGAGUAAUCAGUCCCAGAUGUCCUGGAACUCUGCUGGUUUUCCGACGUACUCUCCUGCUUCUUACCUCACCUCUUCCGGAGACUCCUUGACUACACUCACUGGACUUUCGUUGCUAGAAGCCUGAAUUCUUGGCUUUUGAAGUCUCUGUAAAAAAGCUAAAAUAGAAACGGCCCCUUGAAAUUAGAGUUAAUUUCAAGGUUAAAUGACACUUGCAAGGGCCUCAGAUAAAAUUCUGGUGUACAGAAAGGGCCUAGAAAAUCUCAGACUUGGAAGUAAACUUUCAGGUUGUUUAGUCUUUUAUCUAAAUCACAAAUGUACUUCAGUUUUAAUCAUUUACAUGUCUAGCUCACUUAAGCACCAAAAAUACUAAUAUGUUUAAGCUGUAGUCCCUUAUGUGAAAAUAGACACAUAUGACCAGAUUACAAGUUAGUCUGUAGUAAGUCUUUAAUAGAAAUGUAAAGAGAAAGAUGCAAGCAAUAAAUCAUGAGCCUAGAAAUGUGGGUGGAAACUCUGCAUAGGUUGAGGGCUGGGGUGCAGGGUCUUUGAAGAAAAGUAGACCCAAGCAGUAGACAAGAAGCCAGAGGAGAGUAUUCCAAGUUGCAUGAACAGAAGCAUAGUGGCAUAGAUCCUUGAUAUCGCUGAGGAAAAGAAGUGGUCUUGAGUCGUAGUUUAAGGUACUUGAGGAGGGACAUGCUGGACAUGAGUUUGGAAAGACAGACCUGGGGGCUAGAUCAUGGAAUUUUUACGUGCCAUGCUAAGGCAUUUAGAAUUUAUUUAGUAGACAGAAGGCAACCAUCAAACAGUUUUGAGCAGGAUAUGACAUGAUUAAUUAUUGGCUUUAAAACAUUAACUCUAACAGCAAUGAGAAGGAUAGAUAGUACCUAGGGAGAAGUAGGGAGAGCAGUUAGGAGGCAGAUCUGGUAGUCCAAGGGAGAGAUGUUUAGACCCUUAAUUAUUUAAAGCCAUAGUAGAAAGAAUGUGCAGAAGAUGGAUUGAGAAGCUACAUGGAGUUUGUACUGCCAGACCUUGGGACCAGUCAGAUGUGAGGUUUAAUAAGGCAGGAAUCAAAGGUAGGUUUGAAGUUUCUAGCUUGGGCAGCUGGCUGAAUGGCAAUGCUAUUAAAUAGUAUUGGCAAGAGGAAUAAUCUUGGAGGAUGUCUAGGACACCUGAGGGAAGAUGGUUUCCGCUUUGGAUAUGUUUGCGGCACCCACAAUACAUUCACUUGGCAAUGGCUGGUAAGCUGUUGGCUGUAUGGGCCAGGAGCUCAAAGAAAUGAUUCUGAAGCUAAUAGAAUGUAAGAUAACCCAUGGAAUGCAUACGUGUGAAACAAGAAGGCUUAGGAAGGAACUUUGAGGAACACUUAUUUCAGAGAGAAUAUAAUAUGGUGAUCUGGUAGCAGAACAGCUGGGGCUCAAAUUUGAGCUUUCCCACUUAUAAUGAGACUUCCUAAGGCUUGCUUUCUUCAUCUGUGAAAAUGCACAUAAAUAGAGCAUUUCAUUUUAAGUGCUUUACUUCGUGUAUGGCACAUAGCAAGCGUCUGUGAAAUUUUAGUUAUUGUAAUUAUCACUUUGUAUUAUUUAUGGAUCACGCAGAAAGAGGAACUGAAGGGGAGACUCUGAAAGAGUCCUUAAGAAUCAGGAGAGUCAGGAAAUAAUACAAAAGAAAUCAGAGGACAAAGUUUCAGUGAAAGGCCAGUGUCAUUGUUACAAAAGACAUGGAGGGGAGACACUUCAAAGUGGAAGAAAUCCAUGUGACCAAUAAACACACAUACACAAAGAUUCCAAUCUCAGGCAUGAUUCAAAACAUGAAAUACCAUUUUUAACCUAUCAUUUUUGUGGUAAUGAAAAAUAUAGGUAAUAAAACCCAGCUCUCUCAAAGCUAUGGAGUAAUCAGCCCUCUCAAUAUUUAUAUGGGACUGACUGUAUGGGGCUGAUUACACCCUCUCAAUCCCCUCCCCUCCCCUCCCCUCCCCUCCCCUCUCCUCUCCUCCUUUUUCUUUUCUUUUGAAAUGGAGUCUUUCGGCUGGAGUGCAGUGGUGUGAUCUCGGCUCACUGCAAUCUCUGCCUCCUUGGUUCAAGCAAUUCUCCUGCCUCAGCCUCCUGAGUAGGUGGGAUUACAGAUGUGUGUCACCACACCCGGCUAAUUUUGUAUUUUAGUAAAGAUGGAGUUUCACCGUGUUGGCCAGGCUGGUCUCGGACUCCCGACCUCAGGUGAUCCACCUGCCUUGGCCUGCCAAAGUGCUGGGAUUACAGGUGUGAGCCACCAUGCCUGACCUAGCACUGUUUCUUGAUUGCACCGUUUUGGUGGACAUGUUGGGAAAAGUUAAUAGACUGUUUACAUUCAUGUAACCUUUGACUCUGAAAGACCACUUCUAAUAAUCUGUCUUUUGAA